AUGCUUUUUGUACUGUCGGGAUUCUGGGGUCGGGAUUUUGGGUGUCAGGAUUUUGGGUGUCAGGAUUCUGGGGUAAGACCAGGUUUUCUAGUUAUAAGUCCAAACGAAUCUAUUCAAGGUCAAAUAGAAAAUAAACCUACUACUUUUUUCACAUUUUCAACAUGGCUUGCUGUUGCUAAGGCUAAAAUCGCUAGCAAAGCUAUAAUAUCCAGGUGUUUUGUUCAACGGCUUCUUUUACAUUUAGGAAAAAAAUUAGAUAAGGAUCUUGUUGCAUUAAUAAUGGAAUACUAUAACAAUUCUGGACGUCCGAAUAUUAAUUCAUUUCAACAAAAUGGAAAUGACAUGGAAUUGUUUCACUUUUUAUCCGCUGGUCCAUAUGCUCUUAAAGAAGCUAAAGCCAUUAUGAUGAAGAAUUUGGAUCAGCAACUACAACUAACUGGGACCACCAAUCCCGAAGAAGUAUUUAAACGACUUUCGGAAUUGAUAAAGUUUGGAUUUGAAUUGGAUUAUACAGUUAUUGUAUAA